AUUCGAGUUCCGUCCUCCAGACGACAGGGGUUCAUUAAGGGGAGGGGGUAGUUAACCAAGUGGGGGUCAUGCGCGGCCCAUGUGUUUUGCUCUCUGGUAGUAGUCUUUAUUGGUGUCUGGGCUGUUUGUUUUCUAGGGACGUACAUUGGAGUGAGGUUUUUCUAAUAAUUAUAAAUUGAGGAAGGAAAUCUAAGAACAAUCUGGUUCAUGUGUGUUUACCGGCCAUUCUUUCUGUGAUCAAGACAUUUUUAUAGCACCCCUGUAAAAAGGCCGAAAAGAAAAUGAAGUGGCCGGAGGAGAAUUUUUCUGCGAAUCUUCCUAACAUUUGUAGGCUGUGUAUGGCGGAAGGGACUGAAUGCAUGCAACAAAUAUUUGCAGAAUGUGAGCAUGAUGGAGAGAGAUUUCAACUUUCGUCUAGAAUAAAAGCGGUUACGUCCCUGAAGGUGGAGCCUGGAGAUCAGUUACCAGAGCAAGCCUGCCAGCAUUGUGUUGCUCAAAUAAACCGCUGGUAUGAUUUUAAAAUGUUAUGCGAAAGCAGUGAUACAAUUUUGCGGCAACAACUGGGACAUUCAAAUUCUGAUGUGGAAGUUAUAAUGGAUUUUGAUACAGUGGGUGAAUCACUUCAAACGGGUCUGCUAUUUAAUGGUGAUUCCUUCUCAAAUAACCAGCAAGUAGAACCCAUUACAAAUGGUUUCAGUUCUCCCCUUCCAUUUGUUUGCACAUUGUGUGAAGCAAGAUUUUCUCGGAAGAUGCUACUAAAACAGCACAUUGCGGCCCAUUGUGGAGAACCUCCUCAUCCAUGUAACAGAUGUAAUGCAGGCUUUACACAGAAAGUGGAGCUUGUUAAACAUAUGCUCACGCAUUCUCCAGUUCAGCGAGUACCCCAUCGGGUGUAUCGGCCUUCUUUUGCUUGUGCUGUUUGUCAGUGUAGCUUUAGGAGUCCACAGAGCCUUCUACAUCAUCAGACAUCUCAUUCUACUGUGUUCAGAUUUCGGUGUAUAUACUGUUCCCUUGCUUGUAUGAGUACUGUACAGUUGAGAUUUCAUCUUCGGCAACAUCACAAGAACAAAAAAAAAAAAACAAUUGAAAUUUAUUCUUUGCAUGAAAAAUGGGAUUACUUUUGUCUUCAUUCAAAACAAUCAAAAAAUACAAAUUGUUUUAUGGAAUUUAAAGUUUAUAAAUUGAAAUGCUAUAAGACCCAAAAUGUUGUGUGUAUGUCGUACAUGUAUGGAGAACACUCCAUGGAUUCUGGAAAUAUUGGUAUUCAAAAAAGUGAUAGACUGAGUUUUCACUUAUUAACUACUCCCACUUAUUUACACUUCAAACCAUUUUUUCAACUAGUUCAGGAAUUUGAAAGAGGCCAGAAAGAACUAAUUGCCAGUGUUAACCCCUCUGUCAAAAGAAAUUUGACUGUGGAAAACAGAAUUUCAAAUGGCCUCACAACUCUCCAAAUCAUCAUAAGCUCUUCAUCAAUUAGAAAUAAAAUUAUUCUUGAUAUUGAACUGAUAAUUAUUAUCUUACAAAAUAAAUGUCCUCUAUUUUUAUUAUGUGAUAAUAUAUUCAAGAAGCGUGUGUUACCAUGCCAGUUACGCAAGUGGACUCUAAAAGAUGGUUCUGUUUUGAAGAGUGAAAGUGCCAGUGCUGCAUUUCGACUAGUCAUAGUAAAAGAAAUUGUCAUAAGAUUUCAUUCUCCUUUGGAAAGGAAAAGAGAUCUAGGAAUUCAACAGCACAUUCUGAAGAGAGAAAAAAUUCAAUAUUUAAGUUCUUGUUUUAUAAUAUUCAUCUUGCCAAUCUGCAGUGUUCUGCAGCCAAGAUCAUUUAGUUCUUUUAACAAAGAAUAUGGUUACACUACUUUUAUAAUUAGUAUAACCAAAACUACUUAUAAAAGUAUCAUAUCCUUGGCCAUGCGGAAAAUGUCAGGCAUGGCAUCACAGUGGCAU